CAAUUUCGCGGAGGCUGCGAAACUAGAGAUCCCGAGUUAAAACAGCUUCGAACUUAAAAAUUUGUGUAUCCGACCCAAACUUCGACGAAAACGUCAAAUUAUUUGUUUAUACAAACUAGCAACACACAUGUACAGGAUUUGUUUGUAAUACGAAUACAAAACUACGUUGCUUUUAGUUUACGUUCAUGUGAUCAAAAAAGGUGCUACGAUGACGUCCAACAAUUCGAUAGCAGGAAAAUGUUUGUUAAUGUGUCCAGAAAAAGAACGGAAGAUAAGAGAACGGCACGGUUUAUUACAUAAAUAUGAAAUCGAUGAACGAACAAAGAACGCAGCUAAGCCCAAGGCUGAUCCUGCAAAACUUAUAAAGGAGUUUACUCGUUCUAGUGUUGGCAGAGAUAUGACGGAUCCUAAUUUACUACGUCCACCAGGUGUAUUAUUAUCCACCACUCGAUACUUGUUCACCAACAUUUCCACAAAAACAGACUCAGACUGGGCAUUUAUAUAUGACUUUAUAUUUAAUCGUUUGAGAUCAAUAAGACAAGACGCGGUGAUUCAAAGAGUUGAUACCGUCACUAGCAUUCAUCUCCUAGAACCAAUGGUACGAUUUCACACUUAUGCCGCACAAAGGCUGUGUGAAAAAAGCGAGUCAGAAUUCAAUGUAAACAUAAACAAACUACAUUUACUGGAAUGCCUCACACAGUUGCUUCUUUUAUAUGAUGACCAAAAUUACAAGAAUGCAUCAGAUAGCAUGGAAAUACACAAAACUCUUGAAAGCUUGACGUUAAACGAUAAUCGGUCAGAGAUGGAAGCUUUAUAUAUUCUUCUUAAUAUCGGAGAUAAAGAAACUUUAACAAGAACCCUCACACUUCCGUCAGAUUUGAAAAAUUCACCGAUAAUUCGAUUGGCCACCAAAAUAUCUCUCGCUUGGUAUCUGAGAAAUUAUGUUCGCGUUUCUCAUUUAGUUCACUUGUUACCUCCAAUACUGGCUUGUGCAUUUUUCAUUAAUUUACAAAACUUUAAAAGAAGUGUUCUGCAAAUCAUGACUUCUGCUUAUAACGUUCCUGCUAAAAUGGCAACACGCGUAGGAGCAAGAUUCCCGGGAACAAAACUACAAGAACUUUUGUUCUACAAAGCUAAGGAAAAAAUUAAGGCGGAUUGUAUCUUAUUUGGUUUGCAGUUUUACGAAACAUCCAGUAGUUUUGAUGUUUUAUUUCAGAAAUCACAGUUUAACAGCUUACAAUUCGAGAAAACUGUGGCCAAUCCUGAGAUGUAUUAUAACUCUGACGUGUUACAUGGAUUUUUACCAAAAAUUCUUUUAGAAUGUAGUUCUAUUCAAUCAUAAACGUUGCUC